GGGGUCGAGACUGGGCCCUGUAAAGGAGCCUUGCUGGAGAUUUGGGGGCCAGAGAGUAUUCUUUGACCUCUGCGAGGAGUCACGUGGGCUUCCGGGGGCGGGGGCAGAAAGGCUGGAAAAGUUCCUUCCGGGUCAGUGAUAGAAGAGUGAACUCCAUGGAGUAGUUCCUGGUAUCUAUCUUUCCUGCAUCUUCCUUGUCCCAGCGCGAGGUGAUUGUGGUUUACUCGAUGAGCUCCCAGAAGGGGAACGUGGCUCGUUCCAGACCUCAGAAGCACCAGAAUGCGUUUAGCUUCAAAAACGACAAGUUUGAUAAGAGUGUUCAGACCAAGAAAAUUAAUGCAAAACUUCAUGAUGGAGUAUGUCAGCGCUGUAAAGAAAUUCUUGAAUGGCGUGUAAAAUACGGCAAAUACAAACCAUUGUCAAAGCCUAAGAAGUGUGUUAAAUGUUUACAAAAGACAGUAAAGGAUUCUUAUCACAUAAUGUGUAGACCAUGUGCCUGUGAACUCGAAGUUUGUGCCAAAUGUGGAAAGAAAGAAGACAUUGUUAUUCCGUUUAAUAAAGAACCAGAAGAUAUAGAAAAUCAUCUAUGUUCCAACCACAGGAAAAGCUGCAGAAGAAAUGAAGAAAGUGACGAUUUAGAUUUUGAAAUUGACUUCAGUGACACAGAAAAUGACAAUCAAAUGGAUUAAACAUAUAAAUU